GGGGCGGUCGGGGGCGGGGCGGCGGCGGCGGGGGCAGCCCGGUGCCGCCGGGGAGCCCGUCCCCGGCGUGCUGGGCUCUCCCUGCCCGCCCUCCUCCUCCCGCCGGCCGGCAGCGCCGUUGCGCAGCUCCCGCGGACAGGACGGGACGGGACGGGACCCUCGGCCGCGCCGGGCAGCGGGGCCGGCCGGGCAAGGGCUUGGGGGGGGCGGCGGCGAGGCGAGGCUGGACGGCCGCGGCAGGGGACGAGGCCGCCCGGGGCUGGCGGCGGGGGGCGGCGGGGGCCCGGCGCGGCGGGGCGCCGCCGGGGCCCGGCGCAUGGCGGCGGCGGCGGCGGGGAGCAUCACCACGCUGCCGGCGCUGCCCGACGACGGGGGCAGCGGCGCCUUCCCCCCCGGGCACUUCAAGGACCCCAAGCGGCUCUACUGCAAGAACGGCGGCUUCUUCCUGCGCAUCAACCCUGACGGCAGGGUGGACGGCGUCCGGGAGAAGAGCGACCCUCACAUCAAACUGCAGCUUCAAGCAGAAGAAAGAGGAGUGGUGUCAAUCAAAGGUGUAAGUGCAAAUCGCUUUCUGGCUAUGAAGGAGGAUGGCAGACUGCUGGCUUUGAAAUGUGCAACAGAAGAAUGUUUCUUUUUUGAGCGUUUGGAAUCUAAUAACUAUAACACUUACCGAUCACGGAAGUACUCUGAUUGGUAUGUGGCACUGAAAAGAACCGGACAGUACAAACCUGGACCAAAAACUGGACCUGGACAGAAAGCUAUCCUUUUUCUUCCCAUGUCUGCUAAAAGCUGA